AGGUGGGAGGACUGGAUUGUUAGUGCUGUCGUUGGAAACCUACCGUAUGAUAAUAGGAGCUUCAUUAAUACUCUGAUUUACUGGUGAAUAAUCAGUCCUCUCCUUUCUCGUCGGUCGGAAAAUUCCAGAAGCUCCAGAUUACCCCGGGAAAAAAUUCAAACUUCAAAUAUUUGAAAAUGGCAACAAUUCCCCUCCAGUAAUAACACCUACAUUGCCACUUCAGCCUUUAUUUUUCCCGAAUGCUGAAUGUCCUCGCGUCGCACAAUCGUCAGUCUGUAAUAGUCCAUAGUGGGGACACGCCAAUUACCAAUAAUUUCAUUUUAAUUUUAGUUGUGAAGAUUGAGAACGAUUCCAUGAAUUUCUGACUACGAAAUUCUCCAGGUUUUCCGAGAUUCUGCCAAUCCCGAACCGUCGGAGACGUUCCAUUUCCUUUUUUCUAUCGCAGACCUCAGGAAUGAUGGUGUCGACGAUUGUUAUCGGUCUCCUGGCACUCGCUGGCACAUCCAGAGGGUUCACUGGACGUGGUGUGAUGUAUCCUGGGAGGAGUGAUCUGUUUGAACUUCCUAUCAUUCAUAUCAACGACUUCCACGCGAGAUAUGAGGAAGUGGGACCACGAGCUGGUACUUGUCACCGUGACGAAGGUGAGGAGUGUGUCGGUGGCCUUCCACGCGUUUUAACAGGAAUUAAACAACUAUUUGAAGAGCGAGGGCCUAAUUCUAUUUUUCUAAACGCUGGGGAUCAUUACCAGGGGACGCUUUGGUACAACGUUCACAAGUGGAAUGCAACUGCCACAUUUCUCAACAUGUUGCCGCACGAUGUCAUGACAAUUGGAAAUCACGAGUUUGACGAUGGUAUCGAUGGACUCGUGCCUUUUCUAAAAAAUGUUGUGUCACCAGUUGUCGUCACCAACAUUGAUUACACUCACGAACCGAGAAUGCAGGGUUUGAUGACGAAUAGUACGAUAAUAACGAGGGCCGGGAGAAAAAUCGGGGUGAUUGGAGUUAUUUUCAAGGGAACAGCAUCCAUAGCUAGCACUGAAAAGCUUAUAUUUCUGGACGAAGUGGAGACCGUCAAUUUGGAGGCGGAAAAACUCAAACGAGAGGAUGAUGUCGACAUAAUAAUUGUCCUAAGUCACGCCGGUAUUGAUGUGGACAGGAUAAUGGCUGCCAAUUGUCCUUUAAUCGAUGUUAUUGUUGGUGGCCAUUCUCACACUUUUCUGUUUACAGGGGAUAAACCACCAUUCGUCGAUAUUCCAGAGGACGUUUACCCAGUGGUAGUAACACAGAAUAAUCCACUUCGAACUGUUCUUAUAGUUCAAGCCGCGGCAUUUACCAAAUAUUUAGGAAACUUGACCGUUUGGUUCAACGAAGCCGGCGAAGUUGAAGACUGGGACGGAAACCCAAUUCUCCUAGACGAUGGAAUCCCAGAGGACCCGGAGAUGCUGAGGGCCCUGGCGCCCUGGAAAAUCGCGGUGGAUGGACUAAGUAAAAAAGUCAUUGGUGAAUCUAGAGUGGAGCUUCGCCACGGCUGCAGAGACGGUGAAUGCAACCUCGGGAAUCUGAUCACCGAUGCCAUGGUGGACGGUUUCGUCGAGAAGGCGGAGAACAAGAGCUACUGGACAUACGCCUCUAUCGCAGUGAUGAAUGGAGGUGCUGUGAGGGCUGGGAUAUCCUCAGCUAGUGGAGUGAUCACCUAUGGAGAUGUCGUGGUGACGCAACCCUUCGAGAACAUGUGGGAUGUGGCAGAAAUGCUGGGAAAGGAUAUUCGAGAGACCCUCGAAGUGAGUGUUGCGAUCGGCUACAACAGUACAAAAUUCCCGAAUCGCGCCUAUGUCUUUUGGUCGGGUCUCAGGGUGACGUACAACCUGACCGCUGAGCUCUACUCCAGGGUGGUGGAUGUCAAAGUCCGAUGCAGAAGAUGCCAAGUACCGGAGUUCGAGGCUCUGAGGGACAACGAGUGGUACAGAAUCGUCAUCCCUUCGUUUCUAUUGUCAGGAGGCGACAGUCACACCAUCAUCCAGAAGAGACAUAGAAAUCGCGUUCGGGGGAUGAGGGAUCUGGAUCAGUUGACUAAAUACAUCACAAAAAAUAGUCCGCUGUUCUCCGGCACUGAACGAAGAGUUAUUUUUCUCGAGGGAUAAUUACUGAGAUCGUCAAUAAUCACCGAGAAAGUAGGAAGUUAGAAUUGUUAUGAGUUGAAGAAACACCUUUCAUUCCACCGAAAAUCAUCGACUCAUCAUCUCCCCCUAUACAUUUCAUCCACUUCUUUGUUCAACGAAAUUAGAAAAAAGAUUUGGGGAAUAAAGGGGAGGAAACGGUCUCUAUCGUCGCGUAUCUCGAGAUCGAGGCAGGUGAGGCAUUUAAAUAAUGUAUUGAACAGGUGAAAUGGCAGCUGUUGGGAGGGCACAUUGUGCCACUCACUGUACCACAGCCAGCCGACCGAAGAAAUCUGAUAAAUCUUCAACAAAUCUAUUUUACUUUUCUAUAAAACUCGAAAACUCGAGAAAAAAUUAUAACUCAAUGGACAAAAUAAAAAAAUACUGAUAUCUACAUUACAUAAAA